GAUAAAAAACAUUUAUAGACCUACUUCAAUAUACUUUCCAGUUACACCUUAGAAGCAAGCUUAGUUGAUAAAGCACUGGUGUAUUUAGCGUGAUGUAGAUUUUUUUUCUUCAAAGCUAGUCUUGGAAAUAUAUAAAUGGAGAUGUUGUCUGAAAUGAAACAAGAGAACAAUUCAAGGAUGUUAUCUCAUCCAAAUAAACGGAAUAGUCAACAGAAAAAAUUUUAUUCUAAAUAUUCGACUCGUUUAUUACAAAAUCCUAGCAACAAAGGUACUCAUGGCCGUAGAGGACCUGGAUUAUAUCGAUCAACAGUGAAUGAAUUAUCAUUAGAGCAAACUAGUUUGCCACUAAAUCUACUCCAUAAACGUUUAUUUAAAUUUAAACCGUCAUUAACUCCUGGACUUGGUACAAGAAGAGUUGUUUCUAUAAACCCAAGGCAAGAUCCAAAUCUUAAAUUCAGUAUGGAGCCUCGUCUAGGUGAUGAAGCAUUCACUGAAUGGAUUAAUGCCGUACGUCGUAUGGCUCGUAUAGGAGACGGUUUACCAUCAGCUAUUCGUUCACGUGUAUGGUCAACUCUUGCAGAUAGACAAUUAGCUAAGCAACAUGUCGAUUGGGAUCACGAGAUUAAAAUGGCUUUCAAUGAACCAUCUAAUCAAGAUGAUGACAGAUUAGGUGAACAAAUUGUAAAAGAUCUACAUCGUACUGGAUGUGAACAGUUCGGAUCAGAUUCAGAUCGUGCAUCGUUGAAACGUGUUCUUCUUGCUUAUGCUCGAUGGAAUAAACGAGUGGGAUAUUGUCAAGGUUUUAAUGUAAUAGCUGCUGGUGUGCUAGAUGUUACUGGUAGAGAUGAAAAAAAAGCAUUCAAAAUCAUGGUCUAUUUAAUUGAUUAUGUUUUACCGGAAUCAUAUUUUGCACAAAAUUUACAAGCAUUAUCUGUAGAUAUUGCUGUUUUCCGACAACUUUUACAAAAUAGAAUACCCGAAUUAGCGAAUCAUUUAGAUAAUUUACAAUUUAAAGCUGCCUUGGAAACAGAUUGUCAGCUGACUGGAAGACAAUUAUCUACAUAUAAACAAGAUAUUUUAUCGGGAAAAAAUCAUGGCGCUUAUGAACCUCCACUAAUGAAUGUUUAUAUCAUUCAAUGGUUUCUUACUUUAUUUGCUACUUGUUUGGCAUCUGACGCAGUUCUACGUGUAUGGGAUAGCAUAUUACUAGAAGGUUCUGAGGUGAUCUUACGAACAGCUAUAGUCAUUAUGGAUUUCUUGAAAAGUCGUUUGUUAAAGUUAAAAUCAGCUGAUCAGUUUUACGCUACAAUGAGUAAUUUAAUGUCAGAAUUUUCAGAAGGUCGAAUAGUAAGCAGUCAAGAAUUAAUAUUUGAAAUCUAUGAACUAGCACCAUUUCCUUAUCCUGGAUUGAAAGAACUACGUGAAAAGUUUAUGUAUAAUAUAGCUCCAUUAGUUUUAACGAAACAUUUAACUAUGAAUUCAUUUAAUAACAAUAUCAUUGAUGAUCAAAGUCUUUCAAAUAAUGAUGGAAAGAAAAUGGGCAAAUUUAAUUUAUUGAAAUAUGUUCCUUCAAAUUUUAAAAAAUCGAAAUCUUUACAGUCGGAUAAUGAUUAUAGAGGUUUACAAAAAUAUUUGAAUAAAACUACUAGAUCUUCCAAAACCACCAAAGAUGAAUAUAUUAAAGAAAUACAGCAUUGUGAUAUAAAAAGCAGUCACUGUGUACAAAACACGGAUAAGAGACGUUUGUCAACUACGGAAUUAAAUGAAGAAGAAUGCAUGGGAGAUAAUUAUCAAGAAAUUAGUUUGACUAUGGAUAUUGAUUCUGAAAUAGGGACGUUUUCUCGUAAACAAGCUCAAAAUGGCCAGACUAGUAAUACUCAUUUUAAAGAAGCACACAAUAAAUCAAUAAACCGAUUCUCCAGUGAUCAAGUUAGGGGAACUGUCAAAUGUUUUUCAGCAUUUUGGCCUGACAAACCAAAUAAUAUUGACUCAAGAUUUUCUAAUCAGUUAUGUGUUAGUGAAAGUAGUUCAGUGAAGUCAUUACAAUGUUCUGUUAACGAUACUCUUCCUGGAAAUGUAUUUCGUCUGAGGAAUAUAGAUAGUAGUCCACUGAAAGACGGCAGAGUAAAAGCGAAUUCGGAUAUUAGUCAAAUUGGUCCAGGAGCAGUUAGUGAUGCCCCAGAUUUGAUCCCUAUGCAUAAAACAUCCUCAGCUGAUCAGGCUCGUAUGACAAGAAAUCUUGACCAAUUAAAAUCUCAUUAUAAAAAACAACAAACACGUCAACUUUCAACUAUUAUUGUUCUACCGACAAAUAUUUUAAAAUCAGUCUGUUAUCAACCAAAUAUGAUUGCUAUACUCCCACAAAGAAAAUAUACACCAAAUAAAUCAUCGUCAUUUAGAAUAUCAAAUACAAAUAGUCAUUAUCCAGUCAAGUCAAUAAGUUUUGAUUCCUAUGAUACAUUAGGAAAUUGCUCUGAGAAUAAUCUCAGUGAAAUUGAUGACAAGAAUAAUUGCAAUAAUUCUUCUUUAGAUAUUCUGAAUAAAAAAAUUGAUGACACGCUAAAUGAUAGUCUUUCAAUGUGUAUAAAUCAGAAUAUAAUUGGUGCUGUAAAAUCUUGGCAAGAAAACGCUGAUUGGUCUGUUACUGUUGAUGAAAAUGAUGAUCCUAAUAAGAAAUUCUUUUUUGAUGAAUUGGGUGGUAAAGAAUUAUCAAUUAAACAUUCUAACAAUACAAAACUUAAAUUAUGUGAAUUAGCAAGGUUUAAUAGUUUAGAAAUCUGUUUACCAAUGAAAUAUUCGUAUUCAGAUGGAACAUUGAAUGGUCAUACUACAUCGAACAAUCAUACUGAUCAUAUCGAUUAUGAUGUAAACUCUACAAAUUCUUUAAUAUAUAAUAAAAAUAUUUAUGAUACCAAUAUAAUUUAUUCGAAAAAAACUAUUAAUGAAUUAAUUUUAAUGAAUAUGAUUAAAGAAUAUAAUCGAUUAAAGGAGGCCAACAAUAUGUAUAAUUUAAAAGAGUCAAAAAUUACACCUACACAAUCACCAGUUGUAGUGUCUCAUGAAGCAGUUUCUCUGAAUGGCACAGAUACUUCAUCUUGUUAUACGUCAGUUUCAAGAAAUGUACCAAAAAAGUUACCUUGGCAAGAAGCAGCAUAUUCCUUUGCUCUUAAUUGUCGUUUAAACAAAUUAAUCACUUCAAAACAGACAUGUGAAUUAUUCCCUGUAAAAACAUCACUUACUCAAUCUCGAAGAGAGUUUGGAGCUAAAUUUGGUAUUUAUUAGGAUACAAAUUUCAAGAACUGAUCGAAUUUCUCAGGUUUCCAUUAUUAUUGCUAAGAGUUUCGUGCUUAUUUCUGGUAACUCGGUGGUUAUAAAUUCAUAACAUUCGUUAUAUAGCAUAACUGUGUUUUGUAAUUACCUCUUCAUGAUCUUAUGCUAAUAAUAUUUUCAGAACUUAAUCAUAUUCGUCCAUUUUUGGAGGAUUGGUGAUAAAUAUUUUAGAACAACAUAUAUAAUAUGGAAAGUUUUCAGAUAAAUAUAUUAUUUUCCUAAUAUUAUACUUCCGUAAUAACAUUUGUGUACUAUAAUGAUGUCUACAGAAAAUAAUCUAGUCUAUCAUUAUUUUUAUUCGUUUUGUUUUCAAUAGCUUAUUUUGUGAUUGUUAAACUUAUUAUAUAUCACUGAUCAGAACAAUAAAAGUUCAUGAUUUGUUCCCAUGUUCAAUAUUGUCUACUUUAUACUAUCAUUGAUUGAUACAGAAAAGAUAUUUUGACCAAAAUUACCUUACAUGGUGCUUUUCCGUUUGUUAUUUUCAUGUAAUUGAACUUAAUUUUGGUUGAAAUCGAGAUUUCUAAUAGAGAGGAUAACAUCAUAAAUUGUGGUGAGGUGCCUACUUGUAUUUAGGCAAAACUUUCGUCAAAUGAAAUUAAGUCUAAGACAGAGUUUUUUGUCAAUAUACAUCUUUUUUCUUUCCAUGCUCGACUUGUCAGAAAAACGUAGGCUUGUUCAAAAUUUCUAACAUGGGUUAUUUUGAGCUGUAUGCAGUGAUAAGAUCGCUAAGAUUUUAUUAUGAUCUUCAGGUUUCUGUGUCACUAAAAUAAUCUUGUUCUCAUAAAUAAAACUGUGAAUUGAUUAUGGUGUAUGGUCAUCCAUGGAAUAUAUUUAUAGUCGGUUCCAUGAAAAUUAUUGUAUAGAAGGGCAAGAUUAGCUCGAGUUUCUGAUUUGCUUGGCAAUCGAUGUAAAAUUUGUUGGCAUGCCAUUGUCCUUCAAAUACAAUAUUCAGACAAUAAUGGAGUCAAAGUUAUUUCACAUGUGAGAAUUGAGACAAGCAUGCCAAAUUAUUUAAAUUGUUACGGAUUCAGUUUAUUCAUUUUGUCUAACUGAAAAUUGUUCAUCAUAAUUUAUAAAUGUGUGAAAGAAGUAUUAUUAUUAGGCUCUAAAGUUGUUCAUCCCCAAUUAGUGACUCGAAAAAAUGAAUACUUUUUUAUCUAAUCAGAUUUUAUUAUUAUCAAUAUCAACUAAGUUCAUCAGUUAACAUAAGGAUACACCAAAUUUGUGUUUAAAACAAAUCGAUCUUGUCUUCAAACUGUGAUUUAUCAACUACAUAUUCACGAGUAUCAACUACGUAAUAUCUCGUUAAAGUAACAUUUGAAGUAGUAUAAAUCUGUUGUUUAACAACACUUACCGAAUAAAUGGUUCAGACUGGACUCAAAGGAAUAACUGUUUGUUCUAAUGAUCUUUUUAUAAGCUUAGACAAUAGAGUAUUUAGUUUUGUAAGAAUAGGUCUAUGCACGUUUCUGUUAAAAAGUUUAAACGUGCAUUUUAUUCAGAAUAGUUCAUAAGAUGACAUUUUCUCAAUCCAAUUUUAAAAUUCCUUAGUUGCUUAUUCAUAAGCAUUAUCAUGUGUUAUAGCCUAAAAUUUUGUUUGUUAUUUGACAGAAAUCAAAAAUGAUUUACACAAAAAUUAAUAUAGUCGUACAAUAUUUUAGGUUAUUACAUAAUCUUAUAAAUCACUGUUGAGUAUUUCUGUCAUGCUAUCACUUUUGCUGGAAGUAUAUCUAAUUGCAUCCAGCUAUUUCCAGUUUGUUUGUUACGUAACACAUCAAACCAGAAUCAAUCAAAGGUCAGUUUUUAUUUAUGAUAGUCUCACUAUCUUUCAGUUGUUAAUAGUUAAAUGGAUUAAGUUAGUUCUCAUAAUUCAUUUUAUUCGACUUGAUUCAAUAUAAGAACAGGGAAUGUAUUCAUCGUUUUUAUUCCAGUGUGAAUGUGAAUUCAAAACCAGAUUUUAUAAAUAAAGAAAGUAUUUAUGCUUGGAUAGACAGGUUUAUGAUUAACCCACACGGAUAAAAGGAAAUGCAUAUAUAAGUAAAACGUUCUGACUUUUUAUAUCGAAUGAAAAACUUAUUGUUUCUACUAAUACUGUACAAAAUUAAAAGAUAUUUUAUCCUUUUAGAGGCAAAAUUUUUAGCCAAAAUUCUAAUAUUUAAGAUUGAAAUUAUUGCGAUAUAUAAAUAAAGUUAUAGAGAAGUGGUGUAGAAAUUCUGUUAUUGUAAGGAAAGAGAUAUGAAAAUGAAAAGGCACAGGGCCAAAAUGAGGUACAUGCAACUAAAGUGGUACCAAACUUUGACGAAAUUAGCUUAAUAUAACGCCAAACUGUUGGUGCUAUGUUGUUAACCAAAAUUAUGAUCAUCAUAUGACUAACUUGUCAGACAUCGCCUGUUGUGUCACAUUAUCUAGUCUUCCCGUUACUGACAACAUAUUAGUGUUAACUAAAUCAACUGAAAUCACGGAUCUGGAGACCGAUUCUCAUACAUAAUUAUUGACGUUGAAAUGUCUGUGGUAAACUUGACGCUUGUUCCCUUUACAAACUUAGGUCUCUUUUGUAUUUAUUUAAUAUUUAUUCCUACAAGUAAAUUCAAAAGCAUUUUCUCCCUCAGCCAUCUUACUUCUAAUUAACUAUAGUUGACAGAUAGAAUUGAUUUUAAACUUGUAUUAUUAUUUAACAGAAUAAAAAUAUACUUUGCUUUAAUUUGGUAUUAUAAUAAUGAUGUUAUGAAAGCGCUUUGAUAGGUAAUAAAAGUUUUUGAAAAUCCAUAUUACAACGGAUGAACUUUUUGUGUAUUAAUAACCUUAAAUGUCUAAUUAUUAUUCAAGAUUUACAAAAGUAUCUUACAAAAUAAAAUGUGAUAUUCUCAUAUUAUCGAUUUAGGUACGUUCCACUACUAUUUAGUAACAUGAAAUCAUAUUCUGUAGGUUUCGUUUUG